CUCGCACAAUUCUACAACCCUAUUAACCUAGAGCAGAGUCUACUAUGAGAUGCCCAAGAUCGAAGCAAAGACGGCCCACAAAUCCGUGCUCCUCAAAGGCGUCGACAUGCCUACGAAGAUGCUCAACGAAAACGACGAAACGAAUGUUCGCCGCCAGCAAAACGGCCGAGGCGGUUUCCGAGGUGGUCGCGGCGGCGGUCGCGGAGACUACCACAGCCACAACAACCAGCGCUCGGGCGGCGACAACUACAACAAUAAUAACCGUGGAGGCUACGGAAACGACCGCGGCGGUAGGGGAGGCUACAACAACAACCGCGGAGGAUACAAUAGUGUUGGACGCGGCGGCUACAACAGCUUCCAGCCACCUGCUGGCUACCCGCCGCCACCGUUCCCCAUCCCAGGCAUGAACGGGCUGCCUCCUCCACCUCCAGGCUGGGUCCCACCCCCGCCUCCCGGUCUGGAGGCUUGGGGCGGCAACGGUAGACCACCUGUGCAACAUCCCGUCGGCCAGCAACAUUGGGCUCCGCCGCCGCAGCAUGCGCCGCAGGGCUCGUCGCUGCCGAAUUACCGUCCUGCGAACGAGAUUCUGGGACAUAACGGUGGCGGUAGAGGUGGUGGUGGGUACAAUAAUGGUGGUCAGCAGCGAGGAGGACGCGGUGGAGGAGGAAGGGGAGGAUAUGGCGGUGGUGGGCACAAUAAUGGUGGCGGUCAGCAAGGGAACGGGUACAACAACCACCGCCGGUUCUAGUAUGAUGGGUGGUGGUAUUAGUUUACCCUGGAGUGCUGGUGGUGAAUGAGGUCUUACCUUGCAAGUCUGCGCCUCGUACUCCGUGAAGGAGUGGCCUGCUCGGGUUUCGCCUACAGAGGGCUGCACCAGCCCUAAUAUCGAGGAAAACGACUUGUCUCGCGAUGCAGACAACUUGUGUAUGAUUCUCUGUUUUGCCUAGAUAGCCUUGUUUUGUUUCUUGCUGGGGUGCUCUUGAGAAAAUGCAACUUUUGGAAACCGAUU